AUGGAGAGCGCAGCGGCCCCCGCGGCCCAGGGCACCGAGGCCGCGCGCCCGCCCGCGCCCCCGCCCUCGCCCGCGGAGCCCCCCGCCGCGCCCCGCGCCCGCCCGCGCCUCGUCUUCCGCACGCAGCUGGCGCACGGCAGCCCCACGGGCAAGAUCGAGGGCUUCACCAACGUCCGCGAGCUCUACGCCAAGAUCGCCGAGGCCUUCGGGAUCGCGCCCACGGAGAUCCUAUUCUGCACCCUAAACAGCCACAAAGUGGACAUGCAGAAACUUCUGGGCGGCCAGAUCGGGCUGGAGGACUUCAUCUUUGCCCACGUGCGUGGCGAGACCAAGGAGGUGGAGGUCACUAAGACGGAAGAUGCCCUGGGGCUGACCAUCACGGACAACGGGGCCGGCUACGCCUUCAUUAAGAGGAUCAAGGAAGGCAGCAUCAUCAACCGGGUCCAGGCCGUGUGCGUGGGCGACAGCAUCGAGGCCAUCAACGACCACUCCAUCGUGGGCUGCCGUCACUACGAGGUGGCCAAGAUGCUCCGGGAGCUGCCCAAGUCACAGCCCUUCACCCUGCGCCUGGUGCAGCCGAAGAGAGCCUUCGAUAUGAUUGGCCAGCGGAGCAGGAGCACCAAAUGCCCUGUGGACGCGAAAGUGACGAGCGGGAGAGAGACCUUGCGGCUCCGUUCUGGGGGGGCCGCCACCGUGGAGGAGGUGCCCACCGAAUUUGAGGAGGAGGCGACCCGGAGGGUGGAUGACCUGCUGGAGAGCUACAUGGGGAUUCGGGACCCUGAGCUGGCGUCCACCAUGGUGGACACGGCCAAGAAGACGCUGAGCGUCCAGGAGUUUGCGCACCGUUUAGAUUCCGUCUUGGGCGAGUUCGCCUUCCCGGACGAGUUUGUGGUGGAGGUGUGGGCCGCCAUCGGCGAGGCCAGGGAGGCCUGUGGCUAGUCUGCCCCGGGGCCAAGCGCGGCCCCAGCCCCCAGCCCAGCCCCCUGCCCCCGCCCUCCCGGCCA